AUGAUCCGUCAUCGGUCAAUUUUUAAUAUAAAUAUCACGUACCUAUAUACAAAAAAAAAAAAANUAUUUUUUGUAAAGUGUGUUUAUACUAUUGAAACACAAGCAAAGAGACCCACGGUGAGAAUAAAACAAGGAGUGGUUGCUGGGGUAAAAGUAUAUGCUGAAUCAGGCAAGGUGAUUAAUGCAUAUUUAGGUAUACCUUUCGCUGCUCCUCCUGUGGGCCAAUUACGUUUCUCGCCUCCACAAAUUCAUGGCGGAUGGAAUGGGACAUAUCAAGCCUCAGCAUACGGAUCUUCCUGUCCUCAAUUGCCAAUUCGAAAUGAUGUAAACGAAAACGAAAAUUGUUUAUUUCUUAACAUAUGGACACCGGAAGGUGUAUCAGAGGAUUCACCUUUGUCGGUAGUAGUAUUUUUCGAGGGAUCCGAAUUCGCCCAGGGUAACAGAUUUCCGAUAUCGGGACAAGACCUUGCAGUAGAAGGUGUUGUAGUAGUUAAUGCUAACUACAGACUUAAUAUAUUCGGUUUCCUUUGUUUUGAGAAUAAGGAAGCCAGGGGCAAUAUGGGCUUAUUAGACCAAUAUUUAUCGCUCAUAUGGGUGAAAGAGAAUAUUCGAAAAUUCGGGGGUGAUAGUGAAAAAGUUACCCUUUUCGGCUAUUCAGCUGGAGCAGCUAGCGCAACUUUACACAUGAUCUCAAUUAGAACCGCAGGUAGUCAUGAUAUCGGGUUGUUCGGAAAGUCAUUUCGUUUUUUCCCGACAGAGGAUUUAAUGCAUCUUUGCGUAGAAACCUUCAAUGUCAACACUUAUAUGCCGGUGAAGGCCAUAUUAUGGCAUGUUAAUAAUAUCUCCUUAUUAUCAUCAGACAGCGAAGUCCACUAUAAAACUGAGAAACACGCACAAAAGUAA